GAUGACGGCAACGACGACGAUGACGACGUCGUCUGAAGCGGCGAUGACGACGAUGACGUCAACUGCGGUGGCGAUGACGACGACAACAACGUCGAGUGCAGCGGCGGUGACGACGACGAUGUCAUCUGCAGCGGCAGCGACGAGGUCGACAGCGACGGCGAUGGCAGCCGAUACAGCGACGAUGUCGACGGCAGCAGCGGUGCCAUCGGCCACGAAUUUAAUAACUAUAAAUACUGCCGAUUUGCAAACUAUAAUUUACGCCGCUAUUGCGGGCAUGCGUACAAGAGGGAGAGGAAGAGGACGUGGAAGAGGACGAGGAAGAGGAAGAGCAGGAAGGGGUAGAGGCAGGGGUAAAGGCGGUGGUCGCGGGACAAUAAGAGGAGGGGGGAGGGGCAUACAAGUCCACAAUUAUUUAUUAUAAUUAAAAUAAUUAUAAUAAUUACAAAAUAUUUUAAUAAAAAUAAAUAAUUAUUUUUAAAAAGGUAUAUAUUUAAUUAAAUUGUCGCCCUCGUAACGUUGUAUUGAAAUUAGAUCGAUUAUCUUCACGUAAAAUCGCACUUGAAAGAAAAUAAAAAUAUGAUUCUCAGGUAUCCAUAAAUUCUUUUAUUACAUUAUUAUUUUUUUGUACAAUAUUAAACACGCGCAUAUUGU